GGGGGCGCUCCCCUCGUGUGACCCCCUCCUCUCGGCCCAGACAGGGGGCGCUCCCCUUGUGUGACCCCUCCUCAGUCCAGGCAGGGGAUGAGCGCAGUGCCGAGCCCCGUGGUCCCUGCGUGGGUGUGUCCCGCCGCCGCGGGGGAGGGGAAGGCCGCGGCUAUAAGCGUUCCCCGGGCGGGCGGCUCUCACUCUUGCAGCUAUGCCGCCGAAGAAGCACCUUGCCGCGGGCAAGAAGCGCAGCGCCGACUCCGGGGUGGAGACAGAGCGGGGCGCGCUGACCCAGGAGCAGAAGGACCAACAGAUCAGCCUCUUCCUCAGGGGCUUCAACCAGCAGGCCAAAGAGAAUCUUCAAGAAAUGAAGAAAGAAAUUGAUUCACUUUUGCAAACUGCUGAGAAAGCAUUUAGAGUGGAGUUAUUGAAGAUGCCAGUUGCUGUCAGAAAAAUGAAAAGAAAAGACUUGCUUAACCUGCAAGGAGGAGAGGAAGCUGCUGUUGUAGCUGCUGCUGUUGUAGCGAAUGACUGCUCUGUAGAGGACAUUCCAAAUACCAGGCUGGUGAGGAAUUGCAGCAAAAGAGUUAAGGUAACUACAAUUGUUGAAUAUAAAGAUGAGGAGACUGUGCCUGCCAAGAAAGCAUCUCAAAAGGUGUCCAAAACAAAAUCACUGGUUUCUUUAGCUUCUGGCACACAUCUCAAAGAAAACCACUCUCUUUCUAGAUCUGCAUGCUCUACUCCAAAUGUGAGGCAUUUUAAGGCUCCUACAUCUGAUCGCACAGCUGCAAACUAUAAAUCUGCUCCACGUGUUUCUAGAAGAUUACCACAAAUGGCUGUCUCAAGAACUGUACCUAUGAGAGAAAAAGUCCAAGCCAUGUCACUAAGAAGUAACUCAGUGCCUCGGGAAAAAGCUGUUCCAUUUGUUAAUAUACCUCUGGCUGAUGGAAAGACUCUCUGUUCUGCUGGUGAAGACCUCCAUAACAUCAAUGUCGAGAUGCUUAAUGAUGACACAGUUCAGCAUAUUCAUAAUCUAGUGGGCUUGUCUACACAUGGAGAUUUUCCUGAUUAACCCUGUAGGUGGACACUCUUACUCUGGGAAUAAAUGAGGAACAAGUCCAGCUGCAGACAAGACUGAAGGUAAAAGUGGGGGAAGUCAGAAUUUUGGUACUUGUGAUCUGUCAAAACAAUCCUACAGCUAGUGACUGCCACAUUCAAUACUAGUACAAACCAACUGUCCAUAUCCUGAUUUCCAAGACCCUCCACAAGAUGAUCCAAGCCAUGUCAAUAAUGCCAUCUCCUCCACCUUAACAAGAAGCAUAUAACUGUCCACAGAUGUAUGAAACUGGGUUUCAGCUUUCUCUGUAGCUGUUCUACAGCUGUGGAAGUUCUGAGAAGAUAUUACCACACAUCUUGCCAUUAAUUUCAGAAAUGCAAGACCUCCUUUUUCUUAUCUAUUCCAGAAAUUGCAGCCCUACUAUGUGGUGGUAGUAGGGUAAUGCAGUAGGGGGAAGAGGAAGAUGAAUUAAAAAAAAAUCCUUAUGCUCACAGAGGGAUGGGAAAGGAGUUACAGUGAGUAGCUAGAACAGCUCAAUUUUGAUCAGUCAUGAUAAGCUCCUAGGUGCUCAAAUACCUGCAGUAAUAUAGUGUACAUGAGUAAAGUAAAAUAACUAUACAACAUUUACCAGAAUAUUCUUUAAAAUGUUUCCUUAGGGUUGACAGAAGCUUUUAAUCCCUCUGUAUGGGGUAGCAAUACACUAAACCCUGGUCUACACUAGGAACUUGCAUCAGCGUAAUUUUCUCUCAGAAGUGUGAAAAAUCCACAGGACUGAGAUACAGCUAUACUGCUGUAAAUUCCUAAUGCAGACACUAGGUCAACAGAAGAAUUCUUCUGUUGGCAUAGGUGCUGCCUAGUAGGGAAGUGGAUUACCUAUGCUGAUGGGAGAAGCUCUUGUGUUGGCAUAGUUAAUGUCUACACUCAAAGGUUAUAUCAAGGUGCAGCUGCAGCAUUUUUAAGUGUAGACAUACACUUGUGGUCUAGGCAUAGUGAGGGUGUUUGACAGCUGGGCAAGAUAAAGAUGAAUAACUUGGCAUGGAUGGCGAGUAGGUACAUACAAUCUAUGCGGUUUAAUCCUAGUGGACCCAAAUUGUCAUAAAGUGACAUUAUCAUGCUUGUUAGGAUAAUUUAUCCUACAACACUUAGUGCUUAUCUUUAACCUGUUUCUUUUACAAGUCAUUACCCAAAUCCAUAUAACCAAAAUGCUGUACAAUUGUUGCUAGGGAAGUAUAUGUUUACAUGUUUAAACUUGAUGUACUCAAACAAGCAGUGUGAGCUUAAGCAUUGAUGUUAGAGAAGCUGUAGAGAGAGGGAGUCAUGUGCACGUCAGUUCAUUCUAAAAAAAAAAAGACUGCUCAUUUAAACACAAGUAUCAUGAGUACUACUAUUAUUUAUGCUUAACUUAGCAACCAGAGCUGAUCAAUACCAUUUUCAGUGCAUGGGUGGGAAUCUAGGCUCUUAAAUAGCAAUCAAUCAUGUUCUAUUUCCCUAUGCUGAGUACUUGUAAAGAUGCUGCAUUAUCUUGAUUCCAACGAGUAAACAUAACAUCAAUAACAUGACACAAGCAGCAAAAGCAUCUGCAUCAGGGGUCCUCAAACUUUAUUGCACCACAACC